AUGUUGGACACCGGCCUUCCAGGACUGAGUUUGGGCACCCCUGCUUGUUUAACCUGGGUGUUUAUAAGAGAAGCCGUGCAGUCCUACAAGUCCUACGACUUCUUCCGUCACGACAGAGAGGCCAUGAAGAUCAGGAGACAGUGCGCCAUUGUGGCUCUUCAGGAUGUGAAGUCUUAUCUGAACGAGGAGGGAGGCCAGAUCGCUGUUUUUGAUGCUACAAACACAACCAGAGAGAGACGAGACCUCAUCAUGAGUUUUGCGCAGGAGAACUCCUAUAAAGUGUUUUUUGUCGAGUCUCUUUGUGACGACCCAGAAGUCAUUGCUGCCAAUAUAAUGGAUGUGAAGGUUUCCAGUCCGGAUUAUCCGGAGCGAGGCAGAGAGAGCGUGAUGGAGGAUUUCCUCAAGAGAAUCGAGUGCUACAAAGUCACAUAUCAGCCCUUAGACCCCGACGAACAUGACAAAGCACUGUCCUUCAUCCAAGUGAUCAACGUGGGUCAGCGUUUCCUGGUGAACCGCGUCCAGGAUUAUAUCCAGAGUAAGAUCGUCUACUACCUCAUGAACAUCCACGUUCAGAAACACUCCAUCUACCUCUGCCGGCACGGAGAGAGUCAGCACAACGUCCAGGGCAGCAUCGGUGGAGACUCUGAGCUCUCUAGCAGAGGAAAAGAGUUCUCUAAAGCCCUGCGUGGGUUUCUGGAAACCCAGAAGAUCCCAGACCUGAAGGUGUGGACAAGUCAGCUGAGACGCACCAUUCAGACUGCGGAGGAGCUGGGCGUCCCGUACGAACAGUGGAAAAUCCUUAAUGAGAUCGAUGCUGGCAUCUGUGAGGAAAUGACAUAUGAGAAGAUUAAAGAAACAUACCCGGAUGAAUAUUCCCUCAGAGACCAGGACAAAUAUCAUUACAGAUACCCAGGAGGAGAGUCGUAUCAGGAUCUGGUUCAGCGCCUGGAGCCGGUCAUCAUGGAGCUGGAGAGACAAGGAAACGUGCUGGUGAUCUGCCAUCAGGCUGUCAUGCGAUGCCUGCUCGCAUACUUCCUGGACAAGAGCGCCAAUGAUUUGCCGUAUCUGAAGUGUCCUCUCCAUGCGGUGCUCAAACUCACCCCGGUGGCUUAUGGCUGUAAAGUGGACAUGUUUGACCUGAAAGUAGAAGCUGUAAACACACACCGGGACAGACCUCUUGGCAGGAGCAGACAGGAAGUGGCUCCGGCUCUGCUGAGGAGGAACAGUUUCACUCCUCUGUCCAGUCAGGAUCAGGUGAAACGGCCGCGGCUCUUCAGCGUGGGAAACCCGCCGCGGAUAACAAGUGCUCCUGCUUUAUCAACAACACGAUUCCCAAAGACACAGGAGAGCGAAGAGCUGAGCGAAAGCCAGGAAUUACUGAACUGCUUCAGCCCAUCAGACUCAAAAGACGUCAUUCAAGAGUGACGACACAAACAAAAACACAACUUACACAAGUGACGCCCAUCAGAAAUUAAACCGGUUUCCUCCAGACAUGACUCAACUCUCUCUCCGUCCGCCCUUCAGUCUUUAUCCGUCCACAGAACGCUGGAAAAUACGGUAAAACCACACCAGACACAUGCGAGUUAUUCAAUAUACACUCCAUUAAUCUGCUGAUUGACAGCCUGUGCAACCAAUAAGGGCCGAUUAAGUGGGUGUGGCUUGUUCCAGUUAAUCUGAUUGCCCCUUCAGAAUCUUUAAAGGCACAGGACAUUUUUUAAAAGGACUCCUAUUGACUGACGUGACUUUUUGGUUUUCAUAAUAACCACAUUUGACUGGAUAUAAGUGUAAAUGUUUGUUUUAUUUUAGCUGUUAUU